CUUUUUAUUUUAAUACCCCUCUUUAAACAAACAAAUCCACCUUCAUUUCCAAACCCCGGCGCUUCGCCAAUGGAAAUUUUAGUCAUUUCAUUUCACGUUAUCUCUCCCCCUUCUAUUUCCUGUCCCAAACGCACACAACCAUUUGCUGUUUUGCCUCCUUCCUUCCUACCUUCCCUCCCUACGAAGAAGCAGAAGAAGAAGAAGAAGAGAGAGAGGGGGAUGGAAGUGGAGGCGGAGUUGCCGGAGGACUUCCGGUGCCCGAUAUCGAUGGAGGUGAUGACCGACCCGGUGAUCCUCUCCUCCGGCCACACCUUCGACCGCGCCUCCAUCCAGCGCUGGCUCGACUCCGGUAACCGCACCUGCCCCCUCACCAACCUCCCACUGCCCUCCUCCCCCUCCCUCAUCCCCAACCACGCCCUCCGCAGCCUCAUCUCCAACUUCCUCUCCCUGCGCCCCGCCGCCGCCGUCACCGACGACGCCUUGCUUCUCGCCCGCCUCUCCUUCCCCUCCGACACCCCCUCCCUCGCCGCCGUCCUCCGGCUAGCCCAGCACGGGCGACACGCCGCCCGCCGCCUCCUCGCCGACUCAGGCGCCGCCUCCGUCCUCCUCCGCCACGCCGCUGCCCCCGACCGCCCCGACCUCCAAGAGCUCUCCCUCCACGCCCUCCUCCACCUCUCCCUCGACGGCGACGACGCCCGCGUCGGCCUCGUCGCCGAGGGCGCCCUCGAUCCCCUCGUUGCCGCUCUCCGCGGCGGCUCCGGCUCAUCCGCCGCCGCCCUCGCUGCCACGCUCCUCACCAGCCUCGCUGUCGUAGAGGUCAACAAGGCCACCAUCGGCGCCCACCCCGCAGCGAUUCCCCGCCUCGCCGCGCUCCUCCGUGAAGGCGGCGGUCGGGAGCGGCGGGAGGCGGCCACGGCCCUCUACGAGUUGUGCAAGUUCGCCGAGAACAGACGGCGGACCAUCCGUGCUGGUGCCGUGCCACCGCUCCUCCGCCUCGUCAGCGAGGGCUCGGAGAGGGCAGUGCGGGUCCUGGGCCUCCUAGCCAAGUGCCGUGAAGGGAAGGAAGAGAUGAGGAAGCUGAGCGGAUUUGUUAGGGUGUUGGCUGAGGUGGUAAGAGCCGGAAGCCCCAGAGCCAUUGAGCACGCCCUCCUGGUGCUGAAUUUGGUGUGCUCAGAUAGCAAAGUUAUGGCCGUCGAGGCCACUGAAGAAGGGGUUUUGGAUCUCUGCUCGAUUUUGUCCGGAGAUGUGAAUCUGAAGACUAGUAAAAACGCCAUGGAGUUGGCUCUGAUCCUUAAGAAGGGGCUAUUUGUUGGCUAUUCAUGAACAGGAGUUUAUCUCUAUCAUCACUGUCUUGCUCUUUGAAAUGGGUCAUGCCGGCAAACAUUAGACUCAUUCUUUAUUACUGAAUAAAGCCAAUUUCUUCCUCUGGAGUAUUGCAAUGAAAAUCUAGUUUGAUUCCAUUUACCAGCGUAAUCGAGAUAAUUACCUCCAAAACCAUCACUUGAAGUUGCAGAUCUAUUAUCUGAUGCAAUUUGCAGUGAAGCAGCCCCUCCACUGCCUGUGAGGAAAGACUUGGUAGCCAACCCUGUGGCUGAUGCUCACCUGGCUCUUGGGUUUUUCCCAUAAUAAUACCAUUGAUGUGUAAGAAGAUAAUGCCACAUGCCAAAUAGAAGAAAUGGUCACCCGGUCACCCUAAGUUUCCUGUCCGUUUCAAACAUGUCAUUUUUGAGCCAGACACUUGUCUUGAACUAAAUUAGAUCUAAAGCUCUGUUGAUUAUUUCAUGGAGGAAUUCCACAUCUUUGCAAAAUUUUGAUAGCUCCAGUCCAGCCAGGCAUCAAUGGAGAUGUCCCUUUUACUUAAAGAGGAUCUGCAGAAGCUGUGCAUAUUUAGUGGUUCACAGCUGCUGCUGCUGCUGGUUAGUCUUCAACAUUAAAUCUUAUGCAAGUUUGCAUCAAGGGAAGCUGGUAAUAUGCUGU